CCCUUCAGAUCAACAGGUGGAAGGGUGUGUGUAAGCACCAAGAGGUGACAUUCAUUCCAUGACACAUAUGUUGUGUAGAGCACAGUUUAAACCAGUUUUAAUCACAAGGAAGUGAAACUCAGAGGAGUCGUUGUCAGACUCACUGUCGCUGGGAGGUGAAAUGGCGCAGAAAGGGGUUCAACUGGACCGGGAGACCUUCUCCUGUUCGAUCUGUCUGGAUCUCCUGAAGGAUCCGGUGACUAUUCCCUGUGGACAUAACUACAGCAUGAACUGUAUUAAAAGCCACUGGGAUAAAGAGGAUGGGAAGAAAAUCUACAGCUGCCCUCAGUGUAGGCAGACCUUCACACCGAGGCCUGUCCUGGUGAAAAACACCAUGUUAGCAGUGCUAGUAGAGGAGCUGAAGAAGACUGGACUCCAAGCUGCUCCUGCUGAUCUCUGCUAUGCCAGACCUGAAGAUGUGGCCUGUGAUGUCUGCACCGGGAGGAAACUGAAAGCCUGCAGGUCCUGUCUGGUCUGUCUGGCUUCUUACUGUGAGAAACACCUUCAACUUCACUCUGAACUGGAUCCAUUCAAGAAGCACAAGCUGGUGGAGCCCUCCAAGAAGCUCCAGGAGAACGUCUGCUCUCGUCAUGAUGAGGUGAUGAAGAUGUUCUGCCGCACGGAUCAGAAGUCUAUCUGUUAUCUGUGCUCCGUGGACGCGCACAAAAGCCACGACACGGUCUCAGCUGCAGCAGAGAGGACCGAGAGGCAGAAAGAGCUGGAGGUGAGUCGACAAAACCUCCGGCAGAGAAUCCAGAAUAGAAAGAAAGACGUGACGCUGCUCCAACAGGAGGUGGAGGCUGUCGAUCGCUCCGCUGAUAACGCAGUGGAGCAAAGUGAGAAGAUGUUCGCUGAGCUGGUCCGGCUGAUACAGAAGAGAAGCUCUGAGGUGACGCAGCAGGUCAGAUCCCAGCAGCAAACUGAAGUGAGUGGUUACAGAGAGCUUCAGGUGAAGCUGGAGCAGGAGAUCACUGAGCUGCAGAGGAAAGACGCGGAGCUGGAUAAACUCUCACACACAGAGGAUCACACCCAGUUUCUUCUCGACUAUCCCCCACGGUCACAACUCGAUGAGUCAACCGACUCGUCCGGCGUCAAUAUCGGCCCUCGGAGGGACUUUAGGGAUGUGACAGCAGACGUUUCAGAACUCAGAGAUAAGCUCCAAGAAGUUCUGAGAGGGAAAGGGACGAACGUCGCUCAGACAGUGACUCAAGUGGACGUUUUGAUGUCGCAACCAGAGCCGAGGACCAGAGCUGAGUUCUUAAGAUAUUCACACGACAUCACGAUGGAUCCAAACACAGCAAACGCACUGCUGUCAUUGUCUGAGGGGAACAGAAGAGCAACAUUAAGGGCACACCACCAGCCUUAUCCCGCUCACCCAGACAGAUUCACUGAGUGUUGGCAGGUCCUCAGUCGACAGAGUCUGACUGGACGUUGUUACUGGGAGGUGAAGUGGUUCGGAGACGGAGUUUGUGUAGCGGUUGCAUACAAGGAUAUCAGCAGAGCAGGAAGCUGGAAUAAAUGUGGAUUUGGACAAAAUGACAAAUCUUGGGCGUUGGAUUGUUACAUCAACAAUUCUAGCUUUUGGCACAACAAAGACAAAUCCCCAGUGUCCAAUCCUCUGUCCUCCAGAGUAGGAGUGUACCUGGAUCACAGUGCAGGUGUUCUGUCUUUCUACAGCAUAACUAACACCAUGACCCUCCUCCGAAGAGUUCAGACGACUUUCACUCAGCCUCUCUAUGCUGGACUUUGGAUAAAUAACUUCACCGCUGAAGACACUGCUGAGUUCUGUAAACUGAAGUAGACAGGAGGUACUUUAGGAACAGUGGGUUCACUUCUGUGUUUUAAUUCUGGAACUUGAUUUUUAUUCACGUGUGCUGCUGAGAGCCGUCAAUCACACCAUAUCAACGUCUUCUCAUCUGUUGUGUAAGUGUUUGAGUUUCUUUCAGUAACACUCCUUCCUGUGACCUUUCACUGCUCAUUGAAUUUGAAUUGAUUUGUCAUGUGUGCUAUUUAGAUUUGGGGUUGCUUGGUGGUGCAGCGGUUAGCUCCGUCGCCUCACAAGAUACCUGUUUUUUUUUUUACGUCUUUAUUUUAGAGAUAGGAAAGUGAGUGGGGGAUAGAGAGAGAUAGAGAGGGGAACAGGAGAGGUUGGUUUUAAACCCUGGCCCCACCCACUUUUGAGGACAAGCACUAACCUGUAGGCCACCGGCGCCCCUAAACUCUUGUUAAUAUUUAUAUUAAUAAUGAAUGAGAAUUGUACUAUUGGGUGUUUAAAAAACGUAAUUAUCCAUCAAUAAUGAGACAUUUUCGUUUAUAUCUGAGAUUCUGAUCAAACACUCUGAUUGUGGGAUUGAAGAGAAUCAGACUUUACUGAUUGGAAGUGAAGUUUACAUCAUGAAUAAAAAAACAUUUGAAAAGGUG